GCGUAGGAAGCAUAACAAAAAUAGGAAAGCAUGCCGCCUGUAGGAAUCAACAGCGAAAGUGGCUGCAACGGUGUGGAAAAACCUCGGCGUUCCGUAGUUGCGCGUGCCUAGGCAACUGCGGAAAAAUGAGCGUGUUUUUGCGGGCAACCGACUGUGUCAGGGACGCAGCUGCCGAGCCUGAAGGCGCGGUCACCGUGUUCAAGGUGCAGAAAGGAAUGCAACGUAUAAUAUGAGAGCCGACGCAGUUGUAGCAUUCUCAACAUCAGAGGAUCACAGGCGUGCGACAGGUGACAUCAGCUGCCACCAAUGCUGUCUACGUGGCUGACGUGCUGCGCGCUGUGGGUCUGCGCCCACAGCAGCUCGCCCCCGCUGCUGCUGGUUCUGUCGCUUGAUGGCUUCUGGUACAAGUACCGCUCUCUCUACAAGACGCCGCACCUGGAUCGGCUGGCUGCUGAAGGUGUGCAGGCCGAGUACCUGCGCAAUGCGUACGUGACGAAGACCUUUCCAAACCACUUCACCAUCGCUACGGGCCUUUACGAAGAGAGCCACGGUAUCGUUGGUAACGUUAUGUUCGACCCCGUGCUGAACGACACCUUCGACGAGUCGAGCCGCGAUCCCAAGUGGUGGGACAACGGCCACUCCCUGCCCAUCUGGGCGGCCAACCAGCUGCACGGUGGCCGCAGCGGCAGUAUGAUGUGGCCCGGCGGCGACGUGGCCAUUCACGGCGUGACCGCGCACUACGCGCAGAGCUACGACUCGUCGUUCAACUUCACCGAACGCGUCGACCGCGUCAUCAGCUGGUUUCUGCAUCCGCGGGAGCCGGCGAAUUGCGUCUUUUUUUACUACGAGGAGCCAGAUGCGACCGGCCACGAAUACGGGCCGCUGUCGCCUGUCACGGGUGCGCGCGUCGAGCAAGUCGACGCCCUGGUGGGUGAGCUAGUGGCGGCGUUGAAGCGAGCGAAACUGUGGGACCGCAUUCACCUGAUCGUGGUGAGCGACCACGGCAUGGCGCCUGUGACGCGGGUGUCUGCGCUGGAUGAGGUGCUGCCGCCUGACUCCUUCCGUGCCUACGGCACGAGCCCCGUGUGGAACAUACUUCCGGCACAGGGUCGCGAGCACGAGGUGUACACAAGGCUGUCGGAAGCGGCCGCGCGACUCCACAUCCGAGUGUACAGGUCGAACGAGAUUCCGCCCGAGUACCACUACCGACACAACGUGCGCAUCCUUCCCAUUCUGGCCGAAGCCGAACCAGGAUGGGACUUGGUACUCUCGAAGACGUCGCAGAGAGAAAAUCGCACCUACGGAAACCACGGCUACCGACCCAGCCUAGACUGGAUGCGGCCACUGUUUGUGGCUCGAGGCCCAGCGCUGAAGAAAGGUCAGCACGUGGGUCCCCUGGCAAGUGUGCACCUCUAUCCGCUCAUGGGUCACCUGCUAGGCCUGCCGUCAUGGCCGUCCAAUGGGUCUUUGCAUGCUGUGCGGCAUAUGUUCCAGCCGGCUCCUAGCAACCUGCCCCUUCUGCUGGCUGCUGCCAGCGUGUUCCUGUGCACCACUGUGGGCCUGGUGGCACUGGUUGUGUGCGGCCAGCCGCACAGCAAUUCUAGCCAAGAAGAUGAGGAGCCCCUGCUGCUGCUUUCUGCCUGAGGCUACCCUGCCCCGGCACAUGUCUAGUCCAGCAACAAUCCAUUGUUGCCAGCAUAGCCUCUUUUAAGGUGGGACGUGACAGCUAAAAUAAUUUUGGUUACCUGCACACGAAAUCUGGUGAAAUUUGACACGAAUGAUUUCUUAUAGAAGCGUUAGAACUGAGACUGGUCCUUUUGAGGAUGCUCUCGUAUGCCCUUCGAGUUACCAGGUUCCUUCAAGUUAUGAAUAUCUUGAAUUUUGAACAGCACAGCAGAUGACAAGGGCACAACCUUCUCUUCUGUUGCGCUACUCGAAAUUCCAGAUCAUCAACCAAAAAGCCCAAAUUCUGACAUUAUGAAGUUGCGAAAAUGACUUUGGCCUAGUUAACUGACUACAUAAAAUAUUUAUUUGUAUGUUUAUACCCACAUUUUCAUGCUUCGCAACAGUAUAAAUGAACUCCCAAGGGCCACAUGAAAAAAAUUCACUUGAAAAAUCAAAGAUUUGGUAAAGCCACCAAUCUUAAUUGCCACGUCCCUCCCUUAAUGUGGCUUGCAUUCACUGCAUUAGUUCUCAGAGGAGCGCUUCGUUUGCUUGAGUUACCUUUGUGGUGUCAGAGUACAACGAAUGUUCCCAUCUAUCAUGGCACCGAGUCCUUGCAAUUUUAGCUGAGGGUAGCAUGAAAAAAUUAAGAAAGAAAGAAAAGAAAGGCAUUGCUAAAAAGUGUCGCCUUAUCCGGUACAUUGAUCAGUUGACGGCUGCACUGCCUGAGCUAGUUUGGGCUGCCAGCACAGACUGAUUUAAUGGAGCACAGUGUGUGUUCGCAUAUGGAGUCAUUCACUGUCAAAGCAAACGUCUCAUUAAUAUUCAAGGCAACAUAACUUCAGCCUUUAUUGGCGGACUUGUCCCCGUGCAUUGAUGCAAAAUAUUUUGUUGCUAUCGCUGUUGGAAUAUUAGUGCAGCGUUUGCAUUACAGUGAAUGACCCUGUAUGUGAUGGUGUCAGAUACCACAACACGAGUGUCGGUGACAGGUGAAUCUGGUGAAGCUCAUGUUGCAGAGACCUGCUUACAUAUCUGUACCAUCACUAAAGCAUUAUCUGUGUUCGUUUUACUGAGCAGUACAGUUUAAUGUGCAUGUUUUUUUUUAUGCUGCGGCACAAUCUUUUGUAUACUGCAGCUCUUCACAGAGCAAAUACCUGUUAACUUACAACGGUUUCCUUUCAAGGUGACUUCUUAUUGUUUGCUCCUUUGUAGUGAAGGACAUUACUGUACUUUUUAACUUUUAUCAACAUUCUUUUGUCGCUUACUUUUGAAAAAAAUAUCUGGUGUCACUCAUUGCUCAUAACUUUGUUAAGUAUAGCUUCAAAGGAGAUCUCAGGCCCGGUGCCUGCUUUGCUGCACGUUGCACCUAUUUUGCUAGAUGUCAAAGCAAUGAUACAUGUGAGAUGGCUGGGCCUAAGGCUGCUCAAGCUUGCCAUCAUCACCUCGAGAUCUGUGAUGACUCAUUUGAAAAUAAGGAGCUGCGAGGAAGCCAAGGUAUGAAAGAUGGUAGCAAUGCAAGAAUAAGAGGCUAUCCACUGUCUACAAUGCGCAGUUUUCAAAACUUUUGCGCAGGUCUGAGUGGCAUGAUGAGCUGUGGGAUGCGACGAUGAAAUAGCUUUAACUGGACUCUCCUGAUGUGUCUAAAAUGUGGCGGGGCAGCACCGACUAACUGCACGACGUGUUGGAUGACUGGAUAGUGUUGCUGUGUGUUAGUGUGUGCAUAAAUCGUUUCAAAUAACUUGUAUUUUGUGGCCAAAGAAGUGGCUGAUGACACUCGCUGUAGCCAUUUUAGUCAAAGUAUAGUGUUAUUAGAUUGCACAUUAUCUUCUCAGCCAUACUCUACUCAAGCUGACAAGACUCAAAAUUGAUAUUAGCGACUAAAUUAGCCGACAGGUCUGCUUCUCAGGUGCAUCUUGAAGCUGUAUUUCUCAUGUUUAUUAUUUUUUUAUUCAAUCUUAUGAAAACUGCUUGCUGACAGAACAGGUGCAAAAUGUUGCGAUCAGAAGUCUUGUGCGGAAUGAUGAAGUGUGUCUUAUUCAUACACUUUGUUUAGGAGUGUACAUUUGUGGAGUACCAGAUAUGUCUGUGUGAUUUGUGUGUCCAGUUAUGGUUAUAUAACACUUUUUAACUUCACUUCUGUGUGUCCUUUAUUUUUAGGAAGGUCUGUCUGUUCCUUCUACAUAAACUUUUUUCCUGUAUAACUUUUGAGUUGACAGCGAUGUUUCACAGAUGUGGUGUGGACUGCUCAUGUGCUCAUGAAUGCGAGUCAACUUAAUGUCCGAGCACCAAUUCAAAAAGGCCAUGGCAUCAGGUUUUCCAGCAAACCUUUAAAUGCAUCUUUUCUUUUAUAACAAACGACUGCCGCGUAGAACUUGAUGCAGGCUUGUGAACAUUACGAUGGCCUUGCAUCACAUAUGUGUGUUGCAUAUUGUAUGCAUGCGUUAUUUAUGCCAUCCCUCAAUAUUUAGUAUGGUCAUUUUUGUACAGCCUCAUAGAUGUCCAUGUGCUUGAAGAUGAGCACUUCUUGCCCAUGUAAAUACAACAGCUGACUGCAUGUAAUGAUUUCAGUGGCAGAGGAUGGUAAGGCCGGUACCAAUGUUACAUACAGUACAAUCUGCAGCUAAGAACCUUGCGAAAAACAUGUUGGAGCUUUUGUUUUAAGUCUAGGAUUCUUAAACAUUUUGGAUCAGUUAUAUGCAUGCGAACCAUGGUAUUCAUAAAGGGAAUUCUAUAGUGCAAUACAGUGCUUUCUAAUGUCAUGGCCCUUUUGAUUAAUGAGCCUUGGUGCCCAGAAGUGGAAAGUCACUAAAGCAACUUGUUGCUGUUGUGUUUUGUUAAGUUUUUAGUUGUGAUUUGCUCAGAAAUUUAUUCAGAAAUUUAUUUUUAAAAGUUUGUUUCUACAGUCCAGUUCAGCAGAUGUCUGGCAUACACACAAAUACCAGUUUAUCUGGUAGUUUUCUUGAGCAUUUUUUCAGUUAUACACUCAUGCAAGGUGCCCCAGCUAAUGUGUGCCACAUUUAAAAAAAGUCAGGCCCUGCGUAUUAAAUUGUUAGCAGUCACGUAUAAAUAUGCUGCCUGUAUCUUUUCUCCACAUGGAGGGCAUUGGAUUUGUUAUUUCUUAAAUUGUGCAUGUUUGCUGGGACAUCCUGUAGAGAUCUUAGAGUUGCACAUUUUCGCCACUCUGUUGGGUUUGUAUUCCUGUUGUUUUAUGAACACACGACGAUAUGGUAUUGUUUUACAAUGUUGUGAUAUUUAUUAACAGAACGUGAAUGUAAAUUAAACAGCUGCAUGCCAUAAAAAUAGUUCAUGGCAUUCACAUCACUGUUUCGUGCACAGAAUAAAAUUGUUGAAUUGCACUCGA